GCUUGUUGGCCGACUUCGCCAUGGACUUUCGGUCGGCUCGGAGAGCUGUACUUCAGCUGCUCGGAACUACGGCUCCUGCAGAUGUCCCGGCACUGAUCCACUGGAUGAGGACUACCCGGGAUUUUGAUGAAUUUACUCAAGAUAAUAAUGACAUCAUGUUGAAGAACAUAGCUGAUGACCUUCGGAAGUGCUUGCCUCUAGAAGCUGUGCUUUGCUCGGAACAUCUGGCCCUUCAAAAAAUACAACAGCAGCCAGAACCCACAGUUCAUGUUGAUGCAUUCCUUUAUGAUGAAGACUUUAUUGAUACAUUAUGUGAGGAAGGAAAAAUGAGUAGAAACUACUGUACGGUGUGCGGCUCACACCAAACAGCGCCUUUGGGAUUUAUUUCUCAUUCCUUCUCCCUCACGGAGUUGAAGUUCAUUUACCAUCAUGUACUCCCUGAUCUGUCAGGAAAGGCCUUGGUUGACGUUGGCUCCAGACUUGGCACAGUCCUUUAUGGGGGUUACCUUUACAGCUCAGCAGCGCAGCUCUGGGGAGUAGAGCUGAAUGGAGAAUUUUGCCAAUUGCAGGAAAUGAUCAUAAAGAAAUACCAGUUCGGUGACAGAAUAAAGGUGCUUCAUGCAGACAUCUGUACCCAGAGUUCCCUUCUGCAAACUGCUGAUGUCAUUGUAAUGAAUAAUGUCUUCGAAUAUUUUCUUACUGAGGCUCAACAGUCUAGUGCCUGGAACUACAUCAUCCAUAAUGUAAGAAAACAAGGAUCACUAUUAGUGACAGUACCAAGUCUCCAAGAUUCUCUCAUGGGUCUAGAGAUUAAUGUGCAGCUGUCCUCCUGGGUGGAAGAGAUACCUCUGAACUUCGAUGUGUACUCACAAAGGGACAUUGACCAAGAAGAUCUUCAACAAAUUCAUUUAUAUAAGGUUCUCUAGCACCAAAGCAACCUAGUCCGAUACCUUAACCCAUAUGCUUUGUAUAUUCCCUUUCAAACGUGACUGUG